GAGAGGGAUGGGUCCGUGUAGUGAAGAGACACUUCUGUGCACUUUCCCAUGCAGUUAGAACACCUUACUACCAUGGCAGUCUGCUGGAAACGCUUCUCGGUCGUUUCGACAACGAUUCUAAGAAGUUUUAACGUUUGUACAUGCACGUUUUGGUGCUACUAGUGCAUUGGUCUAUCUUGGCAUGACAGAUAAAGAUUAGUUAGCAUGCUAGCGAGCUAGCCACACUGCCUCAGCAUCACACAGCGACCACACCUGCCAGUGACAGUGUGGCUGCAGGUUCCCAGCAGACAUGGGCAAACUCCAGAGCAAGUUUCGCAAGAGGUCUGAGCUCUACAGGGCAUCCCAGGGGGAGAAGGCGGACAAUACUUUUGACAGUCAGGUGCUGCAGUAUGAACCUGCACAUCAGGGCUCUGUCAACACUGUCACUAAUCUCAGCCCAGAUCUGUGCGUCUCUGGUGGGAGUGACCAGGCUGUGGUGGUGUAUGACUGGAAACAAGGCCGUAUGUGUCAGUCCUUCCAGGGUCACAACCGAGAAGUUACCAAGACUCUGUGUUAUCCAGGCAGUACAUGGAUCUUUAGCGCCUCACGGGACAAGACUGUUUUGAUGUGGGACCUAAACCAGGGGGAUGAACCUAUUCAAGAAUUUUGUGGGCAUGAGUUGGUGGUCAAUGGACUAGCUAUCAGCCCUGAUGGGAGAAAGCUGUGCACCGGCUCUCGUGACAACUGGAUGUGCCUGUGGGAUAUUGAAUCUGCAAAAUGUGAACAGAGACACAACAUUUCUAGAAACCUGGUUACUCAUGUUUGUUGGGUGCCAGGCAGCUCCUCUGUAGUCCAGACCUCUGAGGAUAAGACCAUAAGGGUGUGGGACAGCCGUGCAUGGCAGGUGACCAACACUUUUCCAGCCAAGCAAUACAUCCAGACCCACUGUGACAUUUCUGAAAAUGGAAACUACUUGGUGUCCAGCAGCAACGGCUUUGGAGGCCAGGGCUGUGAAGCCACGCUCUGGGACCUGCGUCAGCCUGGCUGUAAGGUCGUGGAGUACAGAGGCCACCUCCAGACCACAGCGUGCUGUAUGUUUUUACCUGUGCCUCCUGGUGGCACAGCUCGGGUAGCAACAUCCUCCCAUGACAGCUCCGUCAAGAUCUGGGAUCAGAACACAGCAGUUUGUUUAGCAACAUUGUCUUUGGAUGGUGCCGGUCCACUGGUUUCUCUGUCUCCUAGUGACUCCACCAACAUGCUGUGUGCCAGCUUCAACUCUGGCCUCCACCAUAUCCAGGUGGGCCAGGGAUCAAACCAGCCUCAGGGUUCUGGGGCAGGCUCAGGGGGAGCGGGUGGUCUGGACAUAAAAGUUGUGGCACGCUUCUGACAGCUCAAAAGAACCUGAUGUGACUCGAAAGCCUGAACUGUGAACAGCCAGUGACUCAACAGUAGGAUCACUGGACAAGGACAUCGGGACUGUUCUUUUUUUUAUAUAUAUAAUUUUCCAUAUUUCUAUAGACAUUUUUGCUUUACUAGACUGCCAUACAGCAAAGAAUGACAGAGGAGAUCAGCGAGAAAUGGAAGAGCGACAGUGAUGUGAAUGGUGGAUACACCUUUUGUCCAGCAGAGCCACCAGAAUGUCCAUCAUAGCUGCGCUUCUGCUCUGUAAGUCACAUCACCAUCACCCGGCACAUUAAUUGAUGAGACCAAAGACACCAAACUGAUCCUGCUUGGAUUGCUGCCUUUUUGGACCAAGUCAGAAUAACUGGGCAUGACUCUCAGUUUAAACACUGCUAGGUGGAGUCGAUGAGGUACUUCAUGCACACGUUCUAUUGGUUUUAUUUGUGGUGCUGGAUACAUGUUUGGAGGACAUCUAAAAGUGGCAGGAGUGGGGUUAAGAAUUUCGAAGCAUUUGAAUGUUGCAGGAAAAUAUUUGGUGUUAAUUCUUUGUCUGAUAGAGAACUGGAAGCCAAAUAGAAUUUCAUACUAAGAGUAUGUAAUUAGUUUUUUCCUGGAUAAAAUGUAGUAGGUGCGGUCAGACUAGCAAUCUUGUUUCUGAAGCACUUUGUGGAAAGUUGCUUUUAUCACCAAAACAGAGUAAUGAGGAACAUGUAUAUGUUGAUACGUUCAUUAGUUUGUACUGUAGCUUUAAGUGUUGGACCAAAUGAAUACCUAUGACACAAGACUGUAUAAACAUGCUUUGUUUUUAGGUCAAAUUCAAUUGAUAAAGGUCUUUAAAGAUACAGAUUCUGAUAUUUUUCAACUGAAGCUGACGUUUGGUGCCGAAAUACAAUAUAUUUAAAUUUGAACGAUACUAUGCAAAAUACCAGCGUAAUUACCAUUUUUGAUAAAGUAUUGUUGAAGCAAACAAAUGGGAAUAAAGAUUUCACAAAUGCAGAAGAAAACUGUUCUGUGACCUGUCAGUA